AUGUUACUUCAAAGAACAAGUCGGAUAUUAGGUUCACCUAUUCUCAGAAGGAGUACUGUUGUAACCACAAGAAACUUUUCAUUUGAUCAUAAUGCAGUUAUAAAUUCCAUGACGGAAUCAUUUCAAGCAAUUCAUGAAUUUAGUGGAUUACCAUGGUGGGCACUUAUACCAAUAACUACAUUUACUUUACGUUCAAUAUGGACACUACCGUUAGCUAUAUUUCAAAGAAAAAGAAUUCAAAAACAAAGUUCACUUCGUCCUUUAGUUAGUGCUAUGAAUCCCGUUUUAAAGAUGAACUUAGCUAAAAAAGUUCAACAAGCCCAAUCUAAGUUAAAAAUUGCUGAAAAAAACCAAGAUUAUACUACUGUUCAAUCACUAAAUACCAUUGCUAAUAUGAAACAAGAUCAUAUUUUAUUAUUAACUGCUAAGGAAGUAAGAAAGAGACAAAAGGCAUUAUUUGCUAAAAAUGGAGUUCAAUUAUGGAAAAAUUUCAUUUUACCUGCAUUUCAAAUUCCACUUUGGAUAAUUAUGUCAAUAACAAUGAGAAAUUUAAGUGGUUGGUCAUCAUGGGAUUAUACUCAUAAUAAAGCAUUAGAUCCUACAUUAUACACUGAAGGUAUGUUAUGGUUUCCUGACUUAACAAUUGCUGAUCCAAUGCACGUUUUCCCAGUGAUUUUAGGUAUAACUGCAUUAUGUAAUAUUGAAUGGACAUUGAGAACAUUGGAAUUACUGAGAUUAACCAAGAAAUUAAAAUUCAGACCAACUUUAACUGAUGCAUUUGGAAAUUUAACUAGAUUAUCAAUGGUUUUCAUGAUGGCGAUUUCUUUACAUGCUCCUGCUGCUUUAACUAUCUACUGGAUAAGUUCUCAAGUUUAUUCAUUAUUUCAAAAUGUCAUUAUGGAUUUGGCAUUUCCAAUUAGUUUCACACCUAAGACCAGAUUCAAUUAUAAAAAAUCUAAGAAUGACGAUGCCACUGAUGUUAUCAAUUAA